AUGACAAACCACAGACAAAAACAGCAAGAAUAGCCUUCUACCAGUUCCAAAAUGGUCCCCUUGACUGUUGAUGAUCGUUUCCUGUCUGCAUAUCUUUUGUAUGGCUCUGCGCUUAUGCUCAAAACUUUUGCCAUGUCAUUUUUCACCGUAAGACAGCGCAUGGCGAACAAGGCUCUUCCAAGCCCUGAGGACUAUGGUAAAGACAACACUAAACCAGUGCCUGUAAAUCCUGAUGUGGAAAGAGUCCGCAGAGCCCAUCUGAAUGAUCUGGAGAACAUCCCAAUCUUCAUGAUUGUUGCCCUGUUGUAUGGAUUGUCUGGUGAGCCUGUGGCAAGAGGCAUUUGGUGUUUGCGCAUCUUCACAGGAGCUAGGUUCCUGCACACCAUAGCUUACUUGAACGGCAUCAGUGUACCACGUGCCUUGGGUUUCUUAAGUGGCUCAGUUUGUACUGCAGUCCUGGGCUUCAGUGUGCUGUACUCUGCUGUCAAGACUGGCGUGUUUUAAACAGUUUUAAGGCUGAUGUCCUCUGAGAAGUUCAUUUUACCAUGAAAUAAUGGUAACAAUGCUUUUUUUUUAUUUAGUUUCCUUUAGCUUUUAGUGUACUGUACUCCACUGUGAAGAUAGAAAUUUUUCUCUAGAGCCUUCUCCUUUGAGUAGUGUGUGAACAUGGAGUGAAAACAAGAAUUCUCUCUGAGCCAGUCUACCUCAGCUUUAGUAGUUUGAGCAAACAAUAGCUAUGUAGUAUUCACAAAAAGUAACACAUUAAUAAAAAACUGAUUGCAUGA